AUGGCUCUCCUCCUCUUCUCCUCCAUUCUGCUCUCCAUACUACAAUGCAGCAGUGCUCAGCCCUCCCCUGGCUACUACCUAAGCAGCAGGUUCAAGCCUUUGCCUGGCUUCUACCAUGGAUACAACACUCUGUGGGGGCCCCGGCAUCAAACAGUCUCAGCAGACCAGUCCUCGGUGGCCAUCUGGCUCGACAGGAGCUCAGGUCUGCUGCUCCUCCUCCUCCCUCACGGUUCAUCUCAGUCUCAUGUUAACCCUGCCUCUGCUGCAUCGAUAACAGGCAGCGGAUUCAAGUCGAAUCGCCCAUUUCGAAGCGGCUAUUUUGCGGCAUCGAUCAAGCUCCAACCUGGCGACACUGCAGGAGUGAUCACAGCUUUCUACCUGUCGAACAACCAAGUGCAUCCUGGGUUCCAUGACGAGGUGGAUAUCGAGUUCUUGGGGACUACUCCGGGGAGGCCAUACAAGUUGCAGACGAAUGUGUACGUCAAGGGGAGCGGCGACGGCCGGGUCAUCGGGAGGGAGAUGAAGUUCCACCUGUGGUUUGACCCUGCUGCUGACUUCCACCACUACGCUAUCCUGUGGAACCCAAAUGAGAUCAUAUUCUUCGUCGACGACAUACCGAUACGGCGGUACCCGAGGAGGAGCGACGACACGUUCCCGCUGCGGCCGAUGUGGGUGUACGGGACGAUCUGGGACGCGUCGUCCUGGGCCACCGACAACGGCAAGCACAGGGUGGACUACCGCCACCAGCCGUUCGUCGCCAGGUUCACCAGGUUCGUCGUGCGAGGCUGCUCCGCGUACGCGCCGUCGGGGUGCCGCCCGGUGCCGUCCUCGCCGUCCGGAUUCGGGCUCAGCAAGCAGCAGCUCGCCGCCAUGGCCUGGGCGCAGAGGAACUACAUGGUGUACGACUACUGCAGGGAUGACCGGAGGGACCGUUCCUUGACUCCCGAGUGCUGGGCUUGACGCCGCUGCAAGUAGUCAGUCACAUGGGAGUGUUUAGUGUUGGCUUUAGGGGACUGAUGGGGGAGAGGAAAUACCGCCAUGAAAUAAUUCGUGGUUGCUAUUGGUCGCAUGAUGAAGAAAGCCUGUAGAGAGGAUAGAAGAAGAAUAACUCACAGCCUCUCAAACGCGUCGUACUGUAAGCGCGUCGAAGCCGCGUUGCCCAGUGACUGUUCUCUGUUUUAUUCCAUUGUCUUUUGUCUCGUA